ACAGUGCUCUUUAUUUGCACAGAACCACUUACGAUUCUUUUUUUUUUUUAUCUUGCAGAGGAAGAACAAGAGGAAGACGAAGAAAUUGAUGUUGUUACACUAGCUGAAGCAAAUGAAUCCGAAUCCAGCACAGAGUCCAGCACAGAAACAUCAGAAGGGCACAGUAAGCCCCACCACAGCCCGCUAGUUCUCAAACGGUGUCACGUCAACAUCCAUCAGCACAAUUAUGCUGCUCCUCCCUCCACCAAGGUUGAGUAUCCAGCUGCAAAAAGGCUAAAGUUGGACAGUGGCAGAGUUCUCAAACAGAUCAGUAAUAACCGCAAAUGCUCGAGUCCCCGCACAUCAGACUCCGAAGAGAACGAUAAGAGGCGAACGCACAAUGUCCUGGAGCGCCAGAGGAGAAAUGAGCUGAAGCUGAGUUUCUUCGCCUUGCGCGAUCAGAUACCGGAGGUGGCCAACAACGAAAAGGCACCCAAGGUUGUCAUCCUGAAAAAAGCGACGGAAUAUGUUCUUUCUAUCCAGUCAGAUGAACACAGACUGAUUGCAGAGAAAGAGCAGUUGAGGAGGAGGAGGGAACAGUUGAAACACAAACUUGAGCAGCUAAGGAACUCUUGUGCGUAGGAACUCUUGGGCAUCAUUUAGAAUAACUCAAACUAGACUGAAACUAUGAUAAAAUAUUAAUGUUUCUAAUAUCACUCAUGAACUACACCCAGUCCAUAAAGGAUGGAACUAUUGCAACUGCAUGCUGUGCGAUUUAACUUGAGACUACACAACCUUGGCUAGAUCUCCGAAGGGUUUAGCCAGAACCUCAAAACUGCCUCAUAAUUGAUACUUUGGGCAUAAGGGAUGAUGGGACAUUCUUCAUGCUUGGGGAUGAACUCUUCAACUUUUUUUCUUUCAGAAUUUUGUAUUUAAGGCAUUUUUUCUUAUGAGAAUUCCAAAAAGUUGUCCCCAGAUUGCUGUAUAUAUUUACACAUCUUAUUGCCAUGUAAAUACCUUUAAUAAAAUCUUUAUAGAAAAUGUGUAACAUUAAUACGCAACAGUUGUGGCAACUGGAUUUAUACUUGUCUUGAACUUCUGUGCCAUAACAUUUCACAGUUUUGUUUUUUAUUUAAAUACAUUUUUCUUUUUAAAAUGAUUUUUAUUUUGUUUUUAGAUAAAUAAAUAUUUGCCCAAAAUAUAA